GCUCUCAAAUUCAUUUGAGGAAGUGGGCAGCUGAAGGAAGAGAAAAGAGUUUGUAGAUUCCAGUUUCAGAGAGAAAAGAACAUCGCGCCACCCUUUCAAAAUGACGGAAUUUGAUAACAACCCGUUCGCAGAGCCUGUUCAUGACAACCCCUUUAACGAUCCCUCUGUCACUCAGGUGACCAACUCUACCAUAGAACCAGUUGACCAGUACCCUCCUUUUACCCAGCCAUAUGAUGGUCUAGCUGCUCAGACCACCUCAGCCUCCACCUCUCCCUACCAGCCUGCUGUAUUGCAGCCGUCAACAGAGCCCAGUCCACAGGCGUCUGCUGCUGCAGCUCAGGCGAACUUGCUGAGGCAGCAGGAGGAGCUGGAGAGAAAAGCUGCCGAGCUGGACCGCAGGGAGCAGGAGCUUCAGAGCAGAGACUCGACAGGUAAAGAGAAUAACUGGCCUCCACUUCCCAAGAGCUUCCCCAUCAAACCGUGUUUUUAUCAGGACUUCUCAGAGGAAAUACCUGUAGAAUACCAACGAGUCUGCAAAAUGAUAUACUAUCUCUGGAUGUUCCACUGUGUGACUUUGUUUCUCAACCUGUUGGCAUGCCUGGCUUACUUCACCACUGACACAGCCUAUGGUGUGGAUUUUGGCCUCUCUAUUCUCUGGCUCAUCCUUUUCACUCCCUGCUCCUUCCUCUGUUGGUUCCGGCCCGUAUACAAAGCCUUCAAGACCGACAGCUCCUUCAGCUUCUUUUUCUUCUUCUUUGUGUUUUUCUGCCAAGUGGUUGUUUUCAUCAUCCAGGCUGUGGGCAUCCCCAAGUGGGGCAACAGUGGCUGGAUUGCUGCCUUCUCUGCCAUCGGAAACAACAAGGCAGUAGGAGCUAUCAUGAUCAUAGUGGCCAUCCUCUUCACUAUAUGUGCUGUGAUAUCUGUCAUCAUGAUCAAGAUGGUCCACAGCAUGUACCGCCGCACUGGGGCCAGCUUCCAGAAAGCCCAGCAGGAAUUCUCACAAGGUGUUUUCACCAGUAAAACCUUCCAAACAGCAGCCACUGGAGCGGCCUCCGCUGCUGCUCAGGGAGCCCUGCAGGGAAACAACUAGUGGUAGAUCGAGCUAAGCUGAGCUCAUUUUAACAGGUCAAGGUCUGUAUGUUAUCUGGUCCAGAUGAUUAGCUAAACUAAAGCUGAGCAAUCACAGAGAACUUGCCAUGAUUCUUCCUGAGAAUUAAUUGAGCUUUGGAAGUCUGAUUCAAUUUCUGCUAAUUGUAAUCUGACCUUUUAAUGUAUAGACCUUGAACCAGGUGAGGCGAUGUUAUUAGCCUCCCUCCUUUCACCUUCACCAUCAGUGCACUUGUAAUUUCCAAUUUAGCUUUUGCUUUUCACAUCCAGAGUGGCUCCUGCAGGGCGACUUUGUCUGGCUCUGUGUGGGUGUAGAAAAGCGGUGGAGGGGAAAGUCGCACAUCGAGUGCAAACUGAGGUGUAAAACUUCAUAAAUGAAGAUGACUGAUUAUUAUUUCAGCUUUGCUUUGUGUAUUUUGUCUCUGCUAUUUGACAUAGCUUUUAAGUGUAAUGAGUGUGUGUGUGUGUGAUUGGAUUCAUGUGGCUGCAGUUUGCUUGUGUUUAUUCACACAAUGUUGCAUAAAAAUAAGGACAAGUAUUUGUCACUGAUUGUGCCUCAAAAGCAUUUCUCUAGUGUUGAACGGUUGUACAGAAGAUCUUGGGUUUUUGUGUGCCACAGCUUUUAGCUCAAUAAAGAAGUAUAGGAAAUAAAUCCCUUAGUUAAUUCUGAUCUACCUGCCCUGAAUGUUAUUGUAAAUAUUCAUUUAAAUGUUGGUUUGGUUAUUCAGUAAAGAUAACUGUCUCUUAAAUGGUUUUACACAAACGCACAAUUUACAGUGGAAAUCGGUGUGUUUGGUUUCAGUUACUUUCAUGUUUGUAGAAAGCAGAUGUAAAGAGACUUAAAUGUAGUAUACAGUUUGUAAUAUAAUUUCACUUUAAAACUAAUUUUCCUGUUAAACCGAUCUAAACAACUUCAGCUAAAUCUUGCAAAACUUGCUUAUUUGAAAACAAACACUGACUUGAAAGGAA